ACUCUCAAUAGAUGUACGAGGUCAGAUACGCGUCACCCACCGCGAGGGAAGGACCGUAUUUUUGUUUUGUAUUCUUGUCAACACGUGAACCUUCGAAAUUCAAGAAUUACAAAUUACUUUCAAAUACGAAAUUUGUCAUCUAAAUCAAAAUGGCUACUGAAAUUGCUCAACUACCUCAUAUUGAAGUUUUCCAUCGUGUUCUUGAACUUCCUAUGAUCGGAAUGGCUUUUAAUAAAUCGGUAGAAACUUAUAAUAAAUUAAAAGACUCUCAUUGGCUAGUACAUUGGGCUCUGACCACAGCCGAGAGUUCUUUCGAGAGUGCAACCAGGCAAGCUGUACCCAUAGCCGCCCCCCUAGCUAAGAAAUUCGAGAAUCCUAUUCAUUUUGUCGACCACACGCUCUGCCUCGGUCUCAACAAAAUCGAAGAAAGAGUCCCAUUGGUGAAGGAGAAACCCGAGCAGAUUUUAGCUAAUGCUUACGAUAUAGCCGUAAAAAAAGUUCAACCGGCAGUUUCUACGAUCUAUCACGUGAACGGCGCUUUAUUAGAGCAGGCUACGAAUCUGAGAGAUAUCAGCUGGAACAAAGCUAAUCAAAUCUUAGAUACUCAAUAUGGUAUUGAAGCUGUUAAAAAAUUAGAUAAUACCGCUAUAAUCGUGGACAAAUUGAUAGACGUAUAUUUCCCUGCCAUUGGAAAGGAAGAUGAAACGGAUGCUACAGUGAAAACAGAGGAAGAAGACAAACUACUUCAUACUUUACAAACUGUUGGCCGUUUAUCCAAUAAAGCAGCUCGACGUGUUUAUCUAAAUAUAUGCCAACGCACGAAGGAACUUAGCAAAGAAAACCUGAGAAGAUAUAUCGCUUUUCUUUUGGAAUUUUUACAACUCACACAGUACAUACACGCGAUCAAUGAUAAAGUUAUCGAAUUAACGACUCCGAAUAAAUGCGAACAACCCAACCAACAAACACCGACUAACCAAAACUCGAAUCAGAAUUAAAAGCUUUUUUGUUUUUUAAUAAUUUGUAUCAUUUUAUCUUUUUAUAUAUUUUUUAUCGUGAUUCAUAAUAUUUCGUUUAUAUAAUUAAUAUCAUUUAUCAAACAUAUUUUCCUUCGACAAAGAAAAAAUAUUAUUCGUAAGAACAACAAAAAAAAAACAAAAAAUAAAUCCAUAAAUCAAUUAAUAUAAAUCAUUCAAAUAAUGAUUUUGAUAUUUCUGUUUAUAUCAUGUUUUCAAUAAUGUUUUAAAUUGUUUAUUUUUCCAUGGUGUUUUUCUAAUUUCUAGUCCAAAAUCUAACGUAUUAAAAUAUUUUAUGUGUGUUUAACAUAAUAGUAUAAAAAGGAGAAAAGAUAGGCUUUCCUAAUUCAUAUAGGUAUUAUAUAAAUCACAAUGUGAUAACUCAUAGAGAAGCGUUUCAACCUUUGAACUUAAUAUUCCAAUGACAACACUACGAUCUGGCUGAUUUCCUUGUGUUGUAUUUCGAUAUCUUACAAGAGAUAAAUCGAUCUGAACAAGAUAAUACAUAAAA